AUGACCAACGGUCUAUUCACAGCCUGGGCCCAAUGUCCCCUAGGUGCGGCCAUCAAGGCUUCCCAAACGGGGAAAAUAAAGGUAGGAUGGACAAUCGCGAAGAUUGAGUUGCUGAAGGCCAGGCCUCUUCAAUGCUUCCGCUGCUGGGGUCAUGGACAUCUAAAAGCUAACUGCACGUCACCUAACGAUAGGAGCAAGAACUGCUACAGGUGCGGAGAAGAAGGCCACUCUGCGUUGGCUUGUGUUAAUCCACCGGCGUGUGUGCUAUGCAAGGAACAGGGCAAGGACUCGCGUCAUCGUGUAGGCUCCACGCAAUGUAAGGCAGACUUCAUCACAGUUAAGAGAGGAAAACCGGGUCGGAAGGCCGAAGAAGAAAUGAUCACGGAAAAUGCAACUUGGCGAACUGCUGGCAAGCCCAGCAUCUAUUUGAGCAGCACACCCUAG